CGCUUUGAUUCUGCGGCGGGCCCGGUCUCGAUGGAUAUAUAGACGACAGUCAACCUCUCACCCUCCUCUCUCUCGGAACACCAUCAGCCUCGACGAUAUGGGUUCCCCGGUAAACGUUCUCGACGGCUACUACCUUGCCAUCACGCUGUUGGUCACGGUGGGGUACCAGCUCACGGGUUUUGCCAUCGCAUGGACGUUUCAGUUCGACAAGAUUACGGAUUUCACCGGAGGCUCGAACUUCUUCAUCCUCGCGCUAUUGACCCUCUUGCUGGGACAAGAGUUUCAUGGGCGGAACAUAUUGGCCAGCGUAUUCAUCAUGGUGUGGGCAGCCCGCCUCGCAGGAUUUCUCCUGUUCCGCGUCCUUAAAACCGGGAGUGAUACCCGGUUCGACGACAUCAGGUCCCAUUUCUUCAAGUUUUUCGGAUUCUGGGUCGGCCAGAUCCUAUGGGUUUGGGUGGUGUCCCUCCCCGUCACAAUCCUCAACUCGCCCAAAGUCUCCGCGGGGGUCGCCCCGGGGUUCGGCACGGCGAGCGACAUCCUCGGCAUCAUCAUCUGGGCCUUCGGUUGGUCGAUCGAGACCGCUGCCGAUCUACAGAAGUUCCGCUACAAGUCGACCAACCCCCCGAAAGAGAAGCCCAUCGACGUUGGUUUGUGGGCGUGGUCCCGCCAUCCUCCGUACUUCGGCGAGAUCUUAUGCUGGUGGGGCAUCUGGACGCUCUCGAUCGCGCCCGCUCUGGGGGGCACCCACAACUCGGGGGCUCGGUCAGCCUUGCUUGGCUCGCUCGUCUCCCCGCUGUUCACCAUGAUACUGCUCCUGUUCGGCUCCGGGGUGCCCACAGCAGAGAAGCCCGUGGCGCAGCGGUUCUACAAGAUGGCGUACCCCGAGGACGACACGCUCACCGGGCACGAUCACGGCGAGCGCAAGCCUACGAACGCGGCGUGGGCGAACUACCAGGCCUACCGCGGGCAGACGUCGAUCCUGAUCCCGCUGCCUCCGACCAUUUACCGCGCUCUGCCGCUGUGGAUGAAGCGGACGGUGCUGUUCGACCUGCCGAUGUACGAGUGGACUCCUAGGAGUUAGUGAUGACGUGUGUUCUCGUCAUCCUGGGUUUCAAUUUGGUGUACUUGACCAGUCUUGAAUGAAGUGGUGUCGUCGUGUGUCAC